AUGUCUGCUAUCCCGUUUAAAAGGAACUAUGUGUUCAAGAAUUGGGCCGGUAUUUACUCUGCAAAACCGGAACGUUAUUUUCAACCGACUUCCAUCGAUGAAGUUGUCGAGCUGGUGAAAAAUGCCAGGCUAGCUGAAAAAACAUUAGUCACUGUUGGUUCAGGACAUUCCCCUAGCAACAUGUGUGUUACCGAUGAAUGGCUUGUUAAUUUGGACAAAUUGAACACGGUGCAGAAGUUUGUGGAAUACCCUGACCUGCACUAUGCCGAUGUUACUGUAGAUGCUGGUAUGAGGCUUUAUCAAUUGAAUGAGUUUCUUGGUGCGAAGGGUUACUCCAUCCAGAACUUGGGCUCUAUCUCAGAGCAAAGUGUAGCUGGUAUAAUAUCCACUGGUAGUCAUGGCUCUUCGCCCUACCAUGGUUUGAUAUCAUCUCAGUUUGUUAAUUUGACUAUCGUUAAUGGUAAAGGUGAAGUGAAGUUUUUGGAUUCCGAGAACGAUUCAGAGGUCUUCAAAGCCGCUUUGCUUUCAGUCGGUAAAAUUGGUAUUAUUGUCUCCGCUACUGUAAGAGUUAUUCCUGGUUUCAAUAUUAAGUCUACUCAAGAAGUGAUUACUUUUGAAGAUCUUUUGAAACAAUGGGAUACUUUAUGGACCUCAUCUGAAUUUAUUAGAGUUUGGUGGUAUCCUUAUACUAGAAAAUGUGUUUUAUGGAGAGGGAACAAAACUGAAAGUGCCCAAAACGGGCCCGCCAAAUCUUGGUGGGGCACUAAACUUGGCAGAUUUUUCUACGAAACCCUAUUAUGGAUCUCCACUAAGGUUUAUGCACCAUUAACCCCUUUCGUGGAAAAAUUCGUUUUUAAUAGGCAAUACGGUAAAUUGGAAAAGAGUUCUACUGGAGAUGUCAACGUAACAGAUUCUAUCAGCGGAUUUAAUAUGGAUUGUUUAUUUUCACAAUUUGUGGAUGAGUGGGGGUGCCCUAUGGAUAAUGGUUUAGAAGUACUACGUUCAUUGGACCAUUCUAUCGCCCAAGCUGCCAUUAGCAAAGAGUUUUAUGUUCAUGUCCCCAUGGAAGUUCGUUGCUCAAAUACCACGCUACCUUCCGAACCCCUAAAUACAUCCAAGAGAACAAAUACCAGUCCCGGUGCAGUCUACGGUAAUGUUUGCCGUCCAUUCUUAGACAACACUCCAUCUCAUUGUAGAUAUGCUCCAUUGGACAAUGUCACCAAUAGUCAGUUGACAUUGUAUAUAAAUGCUACCAUUUAUAGGCCUUUUGGCUGCAACACCCCAAUCCAUAAAUGGUUCACCCUUUUCGAAAACACUAUGAUGGUAGCUGGCGGUAAGCCACAUUGGGCUAAGAACUUCCUAGGUUCAACCACUCUAGCUGCUGGUCCAGUGAAAAAGGAUGCUGACUACGACGAUUUCGAAAUGAGAGGAAUGGCAAUGAAGGUCGAAGAGUGGUAUGGCGAGGAUCUAAAGAAAUUCAGAAAAAUAAGAAAAGACCAAGAUCCUGAUAACGUAUUCUUGGCAAACAAAGAAUGGGCUAUCAUAAACGGUAUCAUAGAUCCUAGUGAGCUUUCCAACUAG